UUGUUUUUGACGUGUAACCUGUCGCUUUCACUAUAUUUACAAAAAAUAUUUAAAUAUAGUAUAGUUAAAAUAAUAAUCCCGAAAAUAAAUUAAUUAUGUCGAGCGGACAGUGGGAAGUCGUUGGUAAAAGCAAAAAGUCUCAAAAUGGAAAAGUGAAAACCGCCAAAGAUGAGGAUAAAAAGCCAACCAAAAAUGGUCCGAAAGUUGAAGACGUCGUGCCACCGAAAUCAUAUUAUGCGGGUAUGGAAAUAGAUGAUACCAGAUUGUCGUCAAAGGAUAGUAAGAAGAAUGGGGAAAAGAAGAAAAAGAAAUCUGAACCAGCCAAGCCUAAACCGCCUAAAACCAUCGAAGAAGCUCUUGAAGCGAUUGACCCAAGUGAGCUAGCAAAUAUAAUAACAACCAAUAAGUUAAGGUUUUCAAAUGCUCCGCUAGUCUGGUUGAAAGAGGUUGCCAGUUUCCUAAACUCAAAAACCCUGAUAGAUAUAGAGGAACCAACAUUUUCAAACUAUCCUCGAGACUACCCUCUAUGUGUCAUGCCUGCACCAAUAAGGGGGCAGUUAAAAAAUGUAUUGAAUGAAGCAGGGAAAGCAAAUACGCAACUGUUCUUUGAUGUUACCCUGACAGCAAUAGCUAAUGAUAUGACUAGAGGUCAAUCUGUCAACGGACACAGGCUCCUACUACAGAUGCUAGCGCUCGAAAACCCAGACUUCUGUGUGGCGUCCAUAGCUAAGAGUGUAAGCCUAAGGAACUCCUACCAGAACAGGCCACCAAUAGGCCUAUCAUUGUUAUGGGUUCUAGGCCAAGGUGGACUUAGUAACUUCGCUGUCGGAAUGAAAGCCUGGCAAGAACUCUUCCUCCCAAUAGUCGAAUUGAAGAAUUAUUCAAAAUACGCAAUAAACUAUUUGGAGGAGAUACUAACGCGGCACGGGAAAAUGGCGAAGGUGUCGUUCGACCAGCUCAUCGCCAUGUUCGAUAUGGUGAACAACAAACGGAAUGCGCUGUCAAAAGAUCUGUCAAAUGAUCUCAUCAAGCAAUUAAGUAAAUACAAGGACAUUUAUUUCAACCAUAGCGGAAAUAAAUUACAAGUGGCCUUCAACCACCUGAUGAAGAAGCUGCCGAACCAGUACCUCAGCGGUUCCUCCCUGGACCCUUACAACAGGGUCCUAGUGGAAACCCUGGUGGACUGUCUGCAUAAAGAUGACUCCUGCAACGCCACUUGGAGACAACUGUUCAAUAGGUGCAGCAAACAGUCUGCCACCUUGUUAGAGUAUAUAGAUACCAAUUGGACCGAGGUCAGUCCAAGACUGAAGAAAAAGUCGCUGAGGGCGACCGUCACACAGUUCACGGAGGUGUGCGGUGAAACUCUGAAGGGGAAGAAGAAAGACGAGACGGUUGUGAAAGCCAACAAGAUAUGCCAGGAUAUUCUAGACAGGAUGACAAGCACUAGAAGGUUCCCUUGGCUGUGGGCCAGCUUCUUACUGCUGGUCGGCAUUGCUGGACUUGUGGCCUAUGAUGUUCAGCUAGCUGGAGGCAAUUUUCCCAAGAGUACAACUGGAAAACUCAUGAAAGAUCUCGGAAUACUGGAGCAGAGUCAGUACGCAUGGCAGAAAACACUAUCAACAUCUGCCCGAGGCUACCUUUGGCUAGAGACCAACACACCUGUAUACUAUGCUCGGACUGUUGAAACUGUCUCACCGUAUGCCCAGCUAUCAAAAGAUGCACUAAUAGUUGCAUCGAAGAAACUUGGUAUACUGUAUACCAAUAUGAAGGAUUACAUUGUGGAGAAGACCCCAAUCGUGGUUGCAACUAUAGAACAGUACGCUCCCGGAGCGUUGGAUACAGUCCAAGGUUACGCUGUCAGUGCAUUUACAGCAGUUAGAAAAUAUUCAAACGAUUAUUACCAGCUGACAGCUGACUAUUUGAAGACUAAAGUUUUUGUCGGUGAAUGGGCACCAGAGAUUCUGCAUAGCAAGACCCAGCUGGCACUAAACGCCACCAAGUUACACAUGACGUCGUACUUCCACUGGUUCAGAGAGCAGGUCAACGUUUACUCGGAGAUACCUUGAAGACCGCCCAGCGGUGUGAUGUGAUAAGACGUUGUUCAAAUGUUAUUUUAUUUUCAGGGGUACUCAAAUCUGGUCACAUAUUUCUGCACGCGCCGAAUGCAACAUAUUUUUAAUCCUAUACGUCCUAUACAGUUUAUUUAGUCCUAUCUCACGAAGACUGUCAAGCAUCAGGUGAGAUAGAUUGUCCUUAGUUCGAGAUUGUACAUCUAGCGUCAUUGGUUUUCGAAUAUCGAAACGAUAUCGUCAGUGUCAAAUAAACGUCAUACUCGUUGAAGUAAAGCUUAAUUACCUUCAUACACCAUAUGAACACUCAUACAAUACAAAUUAAAGCACUGAAAUGUAAGCUUUAUAUUGUGUGGCAUAGAGUCAACUUUUCAUAAAUUUAGUGCAAGUUGUACGAGAGGAUGUUUUGCUACUUUCGCAAUAGUUCACUCUAUGUCACAUCAUAAACGAAAAGUUAACUUUAUAAGCUCACUUUACAAUCAUUUUAGAAACGUCUGUAAAAUAAAAUCAAUAUAGAAUGCAACUUUAAACCAAGGCGCAUUAAGUCCAUUUUACUCUGAUGUUAUAGCAUUUUUCGACUAAAGGCCUUGGCGAGCGUGCACUUCUCACAUACUAAUGGUAAAAAAAUAGGUUACAUUCGGCGCAUAUAAUUUGUUAUCUGUAAAAUUCUGCGUUUUGUUAUUGCAAUAGUUCUUAAUCUCGCAUUAACAUGGGUGCCUAUGGGGGCAUAAAAUGAAUAGUAACGUACUAAUCGAAUCUGUAUAAAGUUGCUUGCACAUUGUCAGUAGAGUAACACGCAUUUUUCUAGACUGUGGAAAUGCUGUCCACGUCACUCGCAUUUCUAGUGUUUUGUUUCUCCAUUUUAUGACGUUAGUUUUGAUGCGUCUAUAAACGACGACUGUUAAUUUUUACGUCACAAAUUGUGGUUAAGAGUGGUGCGAUUCAAUUUACAUUAGUAUAAUUCAUGCACAAAAUCGUUGAGACAUUGUCGAGUAUCGAAACACGUAUGUCAAAGUAAAUUGACCAAGAGUUUUUUCGUUGUAACAUUGUGUGGGUGACUUAUGUCAGUCUAUACUCAUUUUGUCAUACUGAAAAAACUAAGCCGCUUUGGCUUUUGCAUCACCAACAAGCAUACAGCUUUAGUUUUUGCAGUGUGCAGUUGUCACCCAUAAGGUUUUUAUCAUCACAUUGCAAAUCUAAUAAUAAAUUAAACUAAUCACACUUAAUGAACUAUAUUACUAUCAUUUUCUAUUUAACAAUCAUCAAAAAAAGAUAAAUUGACGAGGUAAUAUCUUCAUAUAUCAUUUGGCCAUGAUUAUUUAAUCUGUCUCAGCUAUAAGACUUAUAUUUCCGUCUCGAAUCGUUUUGGCUUUGUAUUGUCGGAUCUUAUUUUACCCUAGUAAUGUAUUUAUUUUCAAAUUUACCCUGAGAACAACAUUCAAUGUUACCCUCAUGUAUUUUUAGUUUAGCACCUUUUUUUUUACAAAUGUAUGCAUAUUGACAUGUGACCGCGGCAUGUCAGUAUGUUUAAAACUAACUUGGGGCUCGUUACAAUACAGUAUAAAAUAGAUUCAUUUAUUUUAUUUUAUUGUAAUACAUUCGUUUUCCUGUGUGAUACUUCCCAUUGUAUAAUCGUAAAUACAUAGUCCUGAUAUUCAUAUGUAAUUAUAUGGCGCUCUGAAAAUUUGGCUGUCAGGUUCGCACACAUAACUUAAAAAAAUUGAUAAUAUAACAUGCAGUCCGCUAUAAGCAGAUAUGGCAAUCGGUGCGGCUGUUAGUACUGUAUCAAUUCACGAACUUUCAUUGAUUUUAAUCUGUUUUCCAGACUGAUUAAAACUAUUUCUCGAAUGUCCCAACUUUCAUGAACUUGUAUAAUUCCAGUCUGCCCGAUCCAAAAUAAAUUGCAAUUUACAGAUAAUUUUUGUUUUAAUCAAUGAAAUAUAUAGUAAAAAUGUUAUUACUGUUAGUAUAUUUAGUCCAUCAAAUUGUUAAAAAUAAGCAAAAAUGUGUAAGAAAUAGUUUUUUUUUGUCAUUUCUUAACUCUAUUUGUCGUAGUUAUGUUUAUUUACUUAAAACUGUGUAGUUAAGUAGGUAGUCAAAUAUAUCACAUUCAAAGUUCGCUUUUACCCCAUAAAUUUACAUUUACCCUUAUAAGAAUGUGACAAUUUUCCCCAUAGAAUAUGUUCCCUCAAGUGUAGCCUACCUAGAUAAUUUAUUCUUACCUGUCCUUUAAUGUAAAUUAAAAACUCUUCACGUCACUUUUCUAUUGAAAGGUAUAAGAAAAUCAUAAAAUCAUAUCUUUUAAUUUAUUUUUCUCUCGUUUUUUUCUAUUUAGGAAACUUUGUUUAUACUUGAAAGAAAUGAAAAGGAUUUUACAAUACUAGGCAGGUAAGAAAAAGUUUAGUACUGUUAAUUAAUUAUUAACAAUUGAAAGUCUCCACAAAAAAAACGUUUUUACCCAAUAAUUUAUGUAUGCCCCUAAAAAUAAUGUGACAUCUUCCCGAUUGAGAACGUGUUGAGUGCAAUGAAAGUCACAAGUGAAUGCUUUAUUGUUUGGCCUAAUUGCAUGCAUCUUUUUUUUAAAUUAUAAAUUUUAAUUACAAAAAUCAAAUUAUCGUAACGCAAUAAUUGUUCAUAUCAUUUCAAAGUAUAUUUAUUCUAUCAUGACAAUUAAGACUUUAGCAAUCAGUAUUUUGUUAAGAGAUAAAAUACAUUCCCCUGCGCAUUUAAAUUGUAAAUCGAAAAAAAAUAUUUAAAAUGAACUACUAACAUACAAAUAUUAUUUACUUUAUCUGAAGUAAAUACUUUUUGAAAUGUGAGAUGAAAUGCUAACAAUAAGUUUUGUAGUGUAUUUAUGUGUUUUUUUUUAAUUUAAGAUAUACAGGACGUAUACGGCAGUGCGAUUUUAAGUGCUUUUUAAAUUUUAAAACACAAAAGUAAUAAAAAUCUCGUCCAACAGAGCAUUUUAAAUAGGUAUACAGCGAUCGUAAAAGUUGAUCAAGUCUGUCACAAAGAUUACUGAGACAUCAAUUCAUACAUUUUUUUAAUAACCGUAUUAUAAGCCAGCUAACAGGAAUUAUUAUAUAUUACAUUUAUACACCUGUUUAAACAUUAUUUGGCGAUAUAAAAAUCUUCCUCAAGAUUUGUAAGGAAUUCAGUUGGUCAGUUCUUUAUAGCCGGUAUAACUGAAAUUUUGCGUUACGUGUUUUGUAAAAGUAACAUAAAUCAUUUAUAUGGCUUAUUACAUAUUGUUUCCCAUUUGUGUUUAACCUUGCAGCCAUUAUGAGUUGGUUAUUUUUUAUACAAGAGGUUUUAAAGGUCCUAUAACAUAGUUUUUUUAUUAUAUCUUAAUGUCGCAUUGCUGUCGCCAUUGUGUCGUAUUGAAAUUAAAGAGGAGAGAAUUUCUUUA